AUGUCCCUUCUCAAGGGAAAGGAAGUGGAGGUCGCGCAGGAGGACCAACGCCACAUCUGCCUCUUUGCGCGUUUGCACCGGCGACGCAAGGAGCUGGUAGCCGCGAUUUCUCGACGCAAGGACGAAAUGGUGAAACUCAGCGACGCCGCGGACGAACUGAUGAUCACCGAAAACGCCAUGUACCUCUUCGGCGAAACCUUCAUGGAGACCGACAACGACGAGGCGGAGGAGUGGCUGGAGAAGGAGAAGGCGCGACUGCAGGUGGAGCAGGAGGCGGCGGAGGCGGAGCUGAAGGACGUCGAAGUAGCGCUGGGUGAGCUGAAGGCGAACCUGUACGCGUCGCUCGGCAACCAGGUGUACUUGGAGGAUGAAUAA